AUCUUCAAGAAGAUCCAAGCCUCCGUCUGCUGCAUUCUUGUAGGUCGUCAUCAUGCUCACUAUUCGUCUAUCUAAAAUUCUCUCACUGUGUUUUGUGAUUGACUUUUAAUCUACUCUUCUUCCAAUAAUUACCAUCACAACGCGAAUGCUUUGUCGUCCUGAGAUCAUGACAGCGGUUUUCACCACGCGCUCCACCCCUCUCAUCCUGGCCGGCAUGGCCCUGGAGCGCUACAUCUCAAUCUGCUUCCCUCUGCACUACAGCCAGAUGUGCACCAUCCCACGCACCCUUGUCCUGAUCUGCAUAAUCUUCGUUCUUACCAGCACACCACCCAUUACAGACUUCCUCAUCGCCAUCAUCAAGGAGCCUCCUGGUUUCUUUCACACAAACAUUUUCUGUGACCACACAGUUGUCUUCCGUGACCCCUCUACCUACUUCAAGAACUGUGUAUUUGAUGGAACCUACCUAUCCUUUGUGGCUCUGACACUGGUCUACACCUACUGCAAGAUUAUGCUGACUGCAAGAGCUGCCUCCACAAGUCUGGCCUCAAUCAACAGAGCAAGGAACACGGUGCUGCUUCACGGGUUGCAGCUGCUGCUGUGCAUGCUUGCCUUUGUGGUUCCCUCCCUCCAAGCUGCUCUCAUCUCACGCUUCCCGCGCCUGAGUCUUGAAAUUCGAUACGUCUUUUUCCUGCUCGUCUACAUCAUCCCUCGUUUCCUGAGUCCUAUGAUCUACGGUUUUCGAGACGAGCAUUUUAGGAAGUAUUGGACUCGUCUAACAUGUGAGAAUCGCAGCACGAUCAGGGUCAGGCCGUUAUUAUGA